UACAGCUCCGAAAGGCCACCACUUGCUGCCAAAGUACCAGCACAUUCAUCCAGCAGCAUGCCUCCAUCUCCUCGUCGUUCCGACCCUCGAGAGCGUGACACAUCACUUCCUUAUUCUCGACUCAUGACCCAGAACCAAUCUCAGGAUAGUCUCCUCCUCAAUACACCAGACAGUUGUCGUGCUGGGACUUCAGGUUCAGCCCUCUCAAUGUGGAAUGGUUCAUCCAACGGUGUGACCGAUUCCCUCCCGCCAACGCCAGUGGGCGGUAGUGGUGCAGCCAGCAUGCCUUCUAGUCCUCGUCUGUUUCGUAGAUUCCACACUCCAGAUGCAGGCCGCAAUGGAGGACUCGAACCCACUCCACGGCAAAGAAAGUACUCCGCUGGGUCACUUACAGGCAUGAGCUCGCACAGUCGCUCCCUACCACGCCUCUAUCAACCUGCCGACACUCAACUCACUCUCCCACCAAGCUAUCGGUCUCCUGAUGGCCAGCUUUCUCGCCCAACUGGCUCCAACCACCAGAAUGGUCAUUCUGAAUUGGUCUCUAUCUCGCUGUCCAAUAAACCUGGAACCAAACACACCGUAGCCCCACCAGAUGUCACCAUGACAUUGGGAGAAGCCACCAGCCCCCGCCAGGCCAAGAAGGUGAGUUUGACAUCCACCAGCUGUUACUCGGAAGUGGACAGGCAAGCCAUGCGUGGUCCCUCACCAGCUCUGGAGAUUGGCCUCGGGGAGAGAAGGCAGUCGUUCGGAAAGGCAGGCCUGGGUCCGCCGAGUGGCUUCAGGGAGAGAAAGGGCAGCAUCAGCUCUCUCAGUGGAAAGGAGGAGCUUCAAGAUUACCAUCAGAGACAGAGGGAUGAAAGACUGCGGGAACAAGAAGUGGAGAGACUGGAACGUCAGCGUCUGGAGACUAUCCUUAAUCUGUGUUCCGGGCUGGGCCGUGCAGAGCAGGACAAAACUGGCUUGGCCGUCGCAGACUUGCAGAAGAUCAACAAGGAGCUGGAGAAAUUACAGGUGUCAGAUGAUGAGUCCACGUUCUCAGACUCUGCAAGUCUGUCAGCCAGCAUUUCUGCUGAAAACAACUAUGGGCUUAAAGCCCAGGAGACCCAGGCCAGCGAGGAGAGACAGGUACGGCAGCGCAAGAAUAGUGGACACAGAGAAGCCAGGGCGGAGAAAACGGCUGUCCUUGGCUCCGCUCCCACCCCUUCUCCUCGGCUGACACGGAUAAUAAAGCAGACUGCUGAGGAUGACACACAGCUGAAGCUGGACGCGAGACGUAUAGAGGAGGAGAGGAUCCAGGUCCUGAACAAUAUGGAAGAGUUAGAGCUGAAGAUCAAAGACCUGAACAACCAGAUGGAGGAGUCCAUCAGAGAGUUGGAAGUGGAGCGCGCUCUGUUGGAAGGCGAGCAGGAUUCGGAGAUGGCUCAGCUACAGCAGGAGAAAGACUCUCUGGAGCAACUGAAAGAGAAGAUGGCUGACAUUGAGAACAAAGCACAGAUGGAAAAAUCUCAGGACAAAGCCAAGCUAGAUGCGGAGCAUGUAAAGUUAGAGCGACUGGCGCAUCUGCUUGCAGAGCAGAAGACUCAGUUGGACACCUGCCCCGAAGCCUUGAAAGAGCAACUUCAGCUGCAGCUCUGCAGGGAUGCAGAGACGCUAGAGGUGGAGACCAAGCGGUUUGAAGACCUAGAGUUUCAACAGCUGGAACGAGAGAGUCGUCAGGAUGAGGAGAAAGAGACUCAGACCCAACAUAUUCUCAGGGAGAUCGCAGAACACCAGAGGAGCACCGUCACACGGAAGGAGAGGCUGCUGGCCCUGAAGAAACAGUACACCCAGAUUUCCCAGCAGGCUCAGAGGGACAAAGACAACUUUGUGAAGGAAAAGAACAAUCUUCAGAUGAUGCUGCAGCGGGAAAAGGAGAAUCUUGUCAGCUUGGAGAAGAAAUAUUCUGAGCUCACUGGGGCAUUGGGUUUCCCUGUCAGUCCCAUCAGUAUGAAGGAGGGCUAUGUUACAGUCAAUGAGAUCAAUGAACUGUACUCUCAGCUGGGGGUAGAUCCCACCCCAGCCCCACUCCCCACCCAAGCCCAGUCCUCUCCUGACGCCCCUGCCACAGGGACUGACCCCAGCCCUGAACCUAGUCCUGCGGAGAGCACUGCCCUGCCAGGAGAGGGUGAGCACUCUCCCUCUUCCUGUCCACUGUCGUCCUCCAUCCCUUCUUCCUCUUUCACUGCAUGUUCUCGUCCCAAUUCUAAACCUCCCUCUGUGCACUGGCCUGAAGACAUGGUCACCUUCCUCAACCCUUCUCCUCCUCCUCCUCCUCCUCCUCCUCCUCUGCCUGCCAAAAAACAGCGCUGUCACAGACAGCAUUUCCGCACCCUAGAAGAAAGGAAGCAGUACGGUAAGGGAAGCGGAGCUCAUUUGAGUGACACUCUUCCUCGGAAGAAGACCCAGCCCACCAUAACCCCACAGUUCACCUGUGCCACACUUGGUCGUAACAUACCCUCUAAUUCCCAUCCCCCUUUAGCUCAAAGCUCCAGCUGUGGGAGUGUGUUGAACCGAGCCCUUGCCAUCUCCCCUAAAGAGACGCACAUGGAUACACACCGCCUGCACAAGGGCAAAUCUAAGAAAGGACAUUAUUGCACGGUGGCUGGUCUUUGUGAGCACAGUAAAGGGCCCCAGGGUGCCCCGGGCAGUGCCUGGCCAGAGGAAACUGAGCUGGGCAGCAGGAAUGGAGAAUCUGCUCCUGGGAGUGAUGCUGCACUCUCAGGUAAAGCUGAGAUAGCCCUGAAAACAGGAAGGAUAAGUCAUGUGGUGUUAUUUCAUAGUGGCACAGUCUCACAAACCAACAUCUACCUAGACUCUUUUGGUUACCAAGAUAACGGCCGUGCCUUUGAUACGCUGAGUGUGGACAGCUCAGACAGUAUGGAAACCAGCAUUUCUGCUUGUUUGCCCGACAACGUCUCCAGCGCCAGCACCUCCAAUGUUUCCAAGAUCGAGGAGAUGGAACGUCUUCUCCAGGAGGCUCAGGCAGAGAAGCACCGGCUCUUGGAACACAGGGAGAGAGAGAUGGAGAAUAAGAGCAGGGCUCUUGAAGAGGAGAGGAGACGGCGAGAAGAGCUAGAAAAACGGCUGCAAGAAGAAACCAGCAGGAGGCAGAAACUCAUCGAGAGAGAGGUGAAACUUCGUGAGAAACAGAGAGCACAGUCUCGUCCCCUCACACGCUACCUACCUGUAAGAAAGGACGACUUUGACCUUCGUGGCCACAUCGACUCGGCCGGCCACAACACAGAGACUUGUUACCACGUCUCCAUCACCGAGAAAACCUGCAGGGGCUUCCUCAUUAAGAUGGGCGGCAAAAUCAAAACCUGGAAGAAGCGCUGGUUUGUCUUCGAUCGUAACCGCAGGACCCUGAGCUACUAUGCAGAUAAACACGAGGCCAAACUGAAAGGAGUGAUUUAUUUCCAGGCCAUAGAGGAAGUAUAUUACGACCACUUAAAGAGUGCCCACAAGAGUCCAAACCCUUCACUUACGUUCAGUGUGAAGACCCAUGAUCGCGUCUACUACAUGGUGGCACCCUCUCCAGAAGCUAUGAGAAUAUGGAUGGACGUUAUCGUAACGGGGGCAGAGGGAUACACUCAGUUCAUGAUUUAGAUGUUGUCUGCCAGCAGAGAAGGAAUAAUAUGUGCAGUGUGUGGACUUAAAAACCACUGGACUUGAUCUGCACUCUUUCACAUGCUGGUUUCAGUAUUGAUUCCCCCAAACGCUGAACUUAUUAUUAUUUUUGCGUUCGUAUCAGUUUUUCAAUCUCAAUCCACAGUAUUGAAGCUUUUCUCUUCGCUGCCUUUAUAUUUUAUUAUGCAACAUGAACUUUUGCUUGGCGGCCCAGAAGAUAGAAUGGAACACAUAUCCUAUAAUUUUGUGUGUAUGUUUGUGCUUGUGUCUUUUGGUAUUUCGUCCGUCUGAUUGUGUGAAGAGAGAAAGACGUGUUAAAUGAUAUUUAGUGCCAGUGUGCCACGUUGUGUGUGGUCUGUUUGCUACCUUGUGUACAGGGCCUCAGGGACACACACAUUAUAAUAUAAACAGCUGUCAGCUGUUCUGCCAAAGAUGAAAUGCACACUGACCACACGCUAUAGAGUUUAUGUAUAGAUGCGUGUGUUGGUGUUUGCCAGUGCCUUCAGUUCUAUAUUAUACUGAUAUAUGCCUUUAUACUCAACAUUCAUAUUAAUCAAAGGUGCUAUAAGACACGCAUGUGUGGCUAUUUUAACACUACAGUUAUUCAUUACAAAAGUCUCACAACUUCCGAAACACUAAAGCUGCUUGCCGUUCAGGUAUUACACAGGAUAAAACAUCCUCUGUUUAGAAUUAUACUACACAAAGACUACGUGUUUAGUAUGUCUUAUAAUACUUGAUCAUUUUAUCAUCAUGCAUAUGUAACUUUUGCAUUUUUAUGAACUGUAUUCAAUGCUUUUGGCCUGUUUUCAGGCUAUGAUUACUAUAUUUAGUUUGACGUCAUCAGAAAAUGAUCAUUAAGAAGAUAAUUAAGCUUCAGUUAAAGCCAGUACUACAAUACAACAUGUCCUUAAUUUCCUAGUUUGUGUGGUUUUAUUAGUUCAAGUCCAAUCAGACUGAAUUUGAGGUGUAAUUUCAUUACCACCAGCAGGAGGCGACAGCCAUGCGGAAAAUGUUAGCCAUCAGCUUUUAUCUGUGAAUUAGCCAGUAGUCUGUUUUGAAUAUUGUUAAUACUCAUUUGAGACUAUAUUUAUACUUUUGUUUACCAUGCAUGCACAUUUAUUUUUGCAUAUGUAUGUUGUUUAUGAUCUCUGUCUACUUGAUAAACCUUUGACUAUGUCCUGAGAGUA